AUGUUUUGUCAAAAUAACUGUGAGACAAUUAAAUCACAUGGUGGCAAAGAAAUUCAUUUUGUGAGCAUUUCCGAUCAUUUGUUAAACAUUGAUGUGAAGCAACUAUCGACCAUUUUACAAAAAGAUGACAUAAAAAAUCGGACGAUUGUUGUUGUUUCGAUAGUUGGUGCAGAAGAAGGUGGGAAGAGCUUUUUAAUGAAUCUCUUUUUAAGAUACUUGGAUGCACAGUACAUAAAACACAAUGCAACCCAAUGGUUAGAUGUGAAUAAAACUGGUGAGUCGAAUUACAUAAGUGGUUUCGAAUGGGGAAGUGUACGAAGUCAUGGCAUUUCAAUGUGGCCCCAUAUUUUCACCCAUGAUUUCAAUAACGAGAACAAAGUGGCCAUCAUUCUACUCGAUACGAAAGGCAUCGAUUCAAUAAAAGGUACCACGAACGAAGAUGCUCGAAUCUAUGCAUUCGGUGCGAUGGCCUCUUCUGUAAAUUGCUACAAUAUACUUCGUCGAAUUGGUUCGUCAUCUUUAGAAUUUUUAGACUUAUUUAACGGCUAUAGUUUUUUAUCGUACACAAAUGAUGCCAAAAACAAAACCAAAUUUCAAAACCGGUGGAGAUUUCAAAAACUGAGUAUUAUUGUGCGUGAUAAACCGGUGGAGAUUUGGCCAUUUCAAUAUGGACAACAAACUGAAGAUGAAAAAAAUAAAUAUUUUGCUAAAAAUUACGAUCAAGCGUUUGAAAAAAACGAAGAAUUACGGCGAAUUAAUCGAUAUUAUGAGAAUAUUGAUUUAUUUUAUAUGCCGUCACCGGGCGAUUAUGUCACACAAUCCAUUUAUUUUGAUGGCAAUUUGAGAUUUGUUAACGGCACUUUUUUGAAAUAUGUGGAAAAAUUGGCCGAAUCGAUUUUGGCACCGAUAAAUCUAGUCGUUAAAAAAGACGUCGACGGUAAACCAAUUCUUGCCAAACAUUUUUCAUCGUAUUUGGAAGCAUAUGGUGACAUGGUGAAUGCGAACAAAUUACCAGACUUGAAGACAUACUUUCAGAUUAUUUUAGACACGAAAUACAAUGUGCUUCAGCAAGAAUCUUUGGAUUAUUACACCAAUUCAAUGACAUAUAAGCUAAAAAUGUGCAAAUCCUACUUCAAUGAAAGCGAAUUUCAACGAAUUCACAACCAAUUCCAGAAUGAAGCUUUAAAUAUGUUUUUAGAAGAAAGGAAACUUAAUACAAACGAAUACCUAAUGAAAUUUGAAAUUGAUCUAAAAUGUAAGAUUGAAGAACGGAAACGUGAUUACAUUGAGGAAAAUAAGGCGAAGGAAAAAUUAUUUCAAAGUUCACUUGAAAACUAUUACACGAAAUUUGUUGAUAAAUUGGAAAAAGAAUUCAAAACGAAGGUAGAAUAUAAGAUCAACCGUGCAAAUCCACAUCACUUUUACGAAGUGUUUGACGAAAUAUCUGCGAUUCUCAAUUCGAUUUUAAAAAAGUUUGAUGAUGAGGAUGAAUUUAAAAAUUGCAAUAAAUAUCUCAGACUCAUUGCUGAUUGUUAUCGCAAUAAACUUCGAAAUAAAUUGGAUACGAUUUUAGAUCAGCUAAGGCAAAUAGUGGAUCUAAAAAAGAACGAUGGAGUUGACAUGAGAUCCAAUUCUGCAAGCACAUUUGUAUUUCUUAUUGUUGGAGUUUUGGAACUAAUUCGAUCAUAUUUUUAA